GGCCGUCUCAACUCAUUUGCUUACGAGAAACCUGUAAUAAAUAAUACUUGUCAAUUAUUUUGUGGUAAAUUAUUUAGCUACUAUUUAAUCUGGAACAUGCAUUGAAAACCGUGUCAUAAAUUCGAAUGUCGAAUGUUCAAUUUGCAUCAUAUACAACAUUUUUUCUAUGCAAAAAAUUUUGUGGGUUUGUAUGACUAACAGCAGAGCAUCCGGUCUCAGGAAGGAACACCUAGAAAGUUUCACUUACUAGUAGGGUUGCCAGGUCUGUGUGUUGAAAGCAGCCCAAUUCCUGAUACAAACUUGUUGUGUGAGCACGCACACACAUUUAUUACACUGAUUCUGAGGGGAUGCGCAAAUAUUCAGACCCCCACCCCCACAGCAACAUAAUGAAACAGACCAAACCAGGGACUUGGCAACACAGCCGCAGAGAUAAUGAGAAUGGUGAAUCUUAAAUGCGUCACUUUUUGUGUGGGUUGUGUAAUAGAUUGCAUGCAAUUCAUUUCGUCUCUACAAAAGCAUUUGUAAAAGCAUACCAUACGAGCGAUUUAUUCAACAGCUUCUUUUCAGGAUUACAAUGGCAGAAGAUAACCAGCCACUUUCAGACAUUGAGCAAAACACAAAAUUCAUCUGUUUUCCCAAGUGGAAGAUUUUAGUUCUUGAAAUUGCUCUUUGUACCAUUGUGACUAUUUGUAAAGCAGCUUCCUUUGAAUGCUACUUGUGGGGCUGCAUUACAGAGCUGGUCUGGGCCAUUCUCAUAUUUAUUGUUUAUGCCAUGAACCUACCUACCUACCUGCACCUAUCGCUGAUGUAUGUCCAAUGGCUGGACUUAUUCAGAGCAAUCACAGGAUCGCUCAUCCUUCUUAUUACUUCUCUUAUCUGUAUUAACUGGGGAUUGCAAAGUUUCUGGGAAGUUGCUAGUUUGAUUUUUGGUUUGCUGGCAGCAGCAGUGCUUGGAUAUGAUGCCUUUGGCAUAAUCAAAUACAUAAAAAAUCUGAAACCGCAGGAGCCAACUGUUAAUGUUGUUGUGGUCCAAAAUGUGGUUCACUGAAUACAACAGGAACUCCUAGGGUUUUCACAUACUGUAUGUUUACAGUUGAUAAUUUUGUACAUUUAUGUCAUCUAAAAAUGUAACAUUUUCUAAUAUACUUCAUUAUUACAUUAAAAAGUGCAAUUAUU